CCUGUUCAUUUCACCUCUUGGGGGCCCCCCAGCACCUCUUGUCAGUCCUCCAGGAGCCCUGGUGGCCAGGAGCUCUGCAGGCUGUCCAGUCUCUGCUGCUGGGCUCGUGACUGCUGACCGCCUGGAGCCUGGAGCGUUACUGUCCCCAAAGCCUCUGGCGGCAGGAGCCAGUGUUCUCAAAGCCCCAAGUCCCUCUGCUCUGGCCAGGAGCCUGCUCCCGCCCUGUUCCUGUCUGAACCCAGCCAGCUGAUGGGACUGAGCCGCCGAGGCCCUCCAGGCACGAGGUCCUGAAAGCUGUGUAGCUGGCAGAAUGCCAGGUCUGCUGAACCAGCUCACAGGGGCAGCCCUUCCCCUCACCGCGUCCGAAGUCACCUCCUUCGUCAGUGGCUAUGCCCUGGGUCUCACCGCCUCCCUCACCUAUGGCAACCUGGAGUCUCAGCCUUUCCAGGGCCUCUUCGUGUACCCCCUGGAUGAGUCCACCACGGUGAUCGGCUUUGAAGCAGUCAUUGCUGACCGCGUCGUGACAGUGCAGAUCAAGGAUAAAGCCAAGCUCGAGAGCAGCCAGCGAGAUAGCCCCUACACGGGAGCCACCGUCACAGGCGCUCCCUGCACCCCUCAGUCCGGCCCGCCAGGCAAGGUGCCUUUGGAUGAGGACUUGGAGAGGAUCCUGUUUGUGGUCAACCUGGGGACCAUCGCCCCCAUGGAGAACAUCACCGUCUUCAUCAGCACCUCCUCGGAACUCCUGACGCUGCCCAGCGGGGCCGUGCAGGUGCUGCUGCCCGCUGUCUGCACCCCCACAGUGCCCGAGCUCUGUGCCAACGACACUGACACCACCAACCACCAGACCCAAGGCCCUGGCUGCCUGUCUCCUCCCCCUCCUGCUCCUGGCCGUCUUCCCAGCAAAGACAAGCAUUGCUUCAGUACCCAGACCCCGGGCUCCUGGAACAGCCUGAGCCUGGCAGCGCUCCUGGACACCAGCGUGUCCAACCCCAUGGAAUACGAGUUCAGCUUCCAGCUGGAGAUCCGGGGACCGUGCCUGCUUGCAGGAGUAGAGAGUCCCACCCAUGAGAUCCGCGCGGAUGCCGCCCCCGCUGCGAGCUCGGCCAAGAGCAUCAUCGUCACGUUGGCCAGCAAGCACACCUUUGACCGGCCCGUGGAGAUCCACAUCCACCCGAGCGAGCCCCACGCACCCCACGUGCUGGUGGAGAAGGGAGACAUGAGCCCGGGAGAGUUUGAGCAGCACCUGCAGGGCAGAACAGACUUCAUCAAGGGCAUGAGGAAGGACAGCCGUGCAGAGCACAAGAGAGAGAUCAUCCGGAAACGCCUGCACAAGGACAUCCUGCACCAUUCUGUCAUUAUGCUCAACUUUUGCCCUGACUUCCAGUCAGCCGAGGCCAAGCUGCGGAAGACUCACGGAGAGUUCAUCUUCCUCAUCAACCGAAGCAACAGCAUGUGUGGGAACAUCAACCACAUCAAGGAAGCUACGGUGGUGGCUCUUAAAAGCCUCAUGCCAACCUGCCUCUUCAAUGUCAUUGGAUUUGGAUCCACAUUCAAGACCCUGUUCCCUUACAGUUACACCUACAAUGAGGAGAACUUGGCCAUGGCCUGUGAGAACAUCCAAAGAAUGCAGGCUGACAUGGGGGGCACCAACAUCCUCUCCCCACUCAAGUGGGUCAUCCGGCAACCCAUGCACCGAGGCCACCCGAGACUCCUCUUCCUGAUCACAGACGGCACCGUCAGCAACACCGGGAAAGUGCUGGAGCUGCUACGGAACCAUGCUUUCUCCACCAGGUGCUAUAGCUUUGGGAUUGGCCCCAACGCAUGCCACAGACUGGUGACAGGGCUGGCAACUGUGUCCAAGGGCAGUGCUGAGUUCCUGCAGGAGGGGGAGCGGUUGCAACCCAAGAUGAUCAAGUCUCUGAAGAAGGCCAUGUCCCCUGUCCUGAGUGAUGUGACGGUGGAGUGGAGCUUCCCUGAGACCACAGAGGUCCUGAUCUCACCCACCAGCACCAGCUCGCUCUUCCCUGGAGAACGGCUCGUGGGGUAUGGCAUUGUAUGUGAUGCCUCCUUGUACUUCGCCAAUUCCAGUUCUAGCAAGAAGCGACAACAGGGCAUGCUGCACCCUCAGGAGUCCAGCAGCUCUGUGUUCUACCAUUCACAAGACGAGGGGCCCAGUCCAGACAGCGGGGACUGUGCCAGGAGUUUGGUGACACCUGUAACGCUGAAGCAUGUCAAAGAUGCCAGGCCAUCCAGCGGAGACUCCACCUCACAUCACAGUCCAGAAUCCUUCCAGAGGCGACGGGCAUACAGCACCAAUCAGAUCACCAACCACAAACUUCCCCCAAGGACCACCACAGCCAGCGACCCCACAAUGGCUGCCAAGAAUAACCCACUACGGAAAGCUAAGCUGCAGUGUCUCACCACCCAGUCCAUCCUGGAGGCCUCCUCACAGAGAGUUGACUUGCAGCUUUUGCAGAACAAUGGCCAGCAGUUGAGCCAGGGCCCCAAAACCCAGGGCCCAGGGGCCCGGAGACCUUCUCUGCUGCCCCAAGGCUGCCAGCCCACCCUGGCCAGUGACCAGGUGACGGAAACUUGGAGUGCCCUGAAAGGAGUGGAUCUCUGCUCCAGCCAGAAGCCCGCCUCGGACAGCCACAGCCCUGCUGACCUGGAGACGUCCCAUUACCCCUCCUUGGAGACCGAGACGUCCUCGGACUGGGAGUCCCCGGCGGAAUUCGAAGAGCCCAGCCAGCCAGACAAGCCCGCCACCCGCGACCCCGUACUGGGGAAGGCGGUGGUCAGUGGCCUGCUCAACAACCAACGCUUGCAAUGGGAGGUGAGCUUCGAGCUGGGGCCCCCGGGACCCGAGCUGGACGAUGACCAUGCCGCCGACCCCUGGAGCGAGACCUUCCACCACCUGGCCGCCCGCUCCAUCAUUCGCGACUUCGAGCAGCUGGCCGAGCGCGAGCGGGAGAUCGAGCAAGGGAUCAGACGCCGCUACCAGGUGAGCGCAGUGCACACCAGCAAGGCCUGCAACAUCAUCAGCAAGUACACGGCCUUCGUGCCAGUGGACACCAGCAGGAACCAGUACCUGCCCACCGUGGUGUGCUACCCCAACUCCGGUGCUUCUUGGCGGGUGAUAAGCUCGCAGGCGCUGACCCAGCAUUGGAAGAGCAUGGACACCAGCGUGGGGCGACCCCAGACCUUUCUGAACACUGAAGACUCAGCCACAGGUCAAGAGAACUCUCAGAUCUCAGGUGAAAGCCCCGCCGCACCCCUGCAGGAGACCCUGGCCCCAGCCCGCGAGAAGUGCACAGCUUCUGAUGGUCCCCGGCGCUUUCUGGCUACCAAUACCCUUUCUUCCUUGAAGGUCUCCGAGACGAUCUUUGGAUCCAGGCUAAGCCUCAGCACGUCCAAGAUGCUGACCCAAGCAGCCCGGGGAUUUCUGAGCAAGCCGCUGCUCAAGGCGCCCAGCACCACGUCGCCAGCGAGCCUGAGUCUCAACUACAUGCCACUGGUGUGUCUGCAGCUGGCCUCCGGAGCCUUCCUGUUCAACCGAGCCUUCUGCGAGGCCACCCGCAUCCCCCUGGAGAAGCUCAAGUGGACCUCACCGUUCUCCUGCCACCGCGUCUCGCUCCCGGCCCACCAGAAUGAGUCUAAGGCCCCAAGCCCCCAUCUCGGCACCAGCUACUCCCCUCAACAGCCCUCAGCAGAGCGGGGGGCCAAGGGCAAGUUAGACUGGGAGUCCAGGACGGGGACAGAGCACUCCGGGAAGCUGUGGGCCACUGUGGUGGCGCUGGCCUGGCUGGAGCACUACUCAGCCACCUACUUCGUGGAGUGGGAGCUGGUGGCCGCCAAGGCGCAUGCGUGGCUGGAGCAGCAGGAGGUGCCCGAGGGCCGCACGCAGGGCACGCUCAGGGCGGCCGCGCGCCAGCUGUUCGUGCUCCUGCGGCACUGGGAUGAGACGCUGGAGUUCAAUAUGCUCUGCUAUAACCCCAGCUCCAUGUAGGGGGCGGAGAAGGGAGAAGGCCGGGGCGCAGAGGGCGAGGAGGACGCAGUCGGGGCCUGCGGGGAGGAACGUCAGAAACCAAUACACCGAUGUAGCCAAUACACCGCUGCUAGAAAGAGCCCCACACCGGCGACCAGGAGGCCUGAGUUUCAGCACCCCUGCUACCAACUGAGCUGAUUUGGCGGCAGCCCCUACCCCUGGCCGGCUAGCCCCCGUCCCUCACCCAUAAAAGAGUGGGGGGAGGGGCGGGCAUUGGAUUCCAUCCCAGGGUGGUUGAAAGGUUCCUUCCCAGCCAGAGAAGCAGACAGCCUUCUGUGUGGGUGGGGGUGUGGAGGGGGUGCUGUCUGGGAGGGAGAGUGCCACCGGGGAGAAGAAUUUAAGCCCGAGACCCCUCUAGAGGAAGAUAGUGAGGGCAAGGCCCCCUCAAAUAAGAGGGGGGACCAGGGAACCUGGCCACUGGAAAUGACCAGAGCUACAGGAUUGCCUCAGAGCCCAGGGAGGCCACCUCUGCCGUGGCACCCUGGGGACCUGUCUGCAUGGUCUGGAACCCCUAAAUCUCACUGUCUCUCAAAGAACCGCCACUCUCGGGGCUUUCCAGACAUCACCAGAGCCCUUCCCUUCGGCUCCUGACUCUCUUGGGCACAGCACAUGUUAGUUUGCAGAUGACGUGCCCCGUGCUAAGAGGAGGCAGUGGGCAUGGCUGGGGACACACUGCAAGUCAAAACAGUGGACGGAAGGCGUCCGAGGUGGGAAAGGAGCGGCGUGGCCAUGGGGGUGAGGGAGAAGCCAGACCCUCUCCAAAUAAUGUACAUGUGUUUCAGGAGCUGGUGUGGCCGACUCUCGUCCGUUGUGUGAAGGUGCUGGAGGGGUACCCUGGGCCCGCUGCAUUUGUGGGUGGGGGCUCCCUCUAACCUGGCUGCUUGGCAGGCUGUGGUGUGUGGAGAUGAAGUGGCUGCCUCUGUGGGGCAUGAAGAGGGAAACGCCCAAUGUUUCAAAGCAGGGCAUCCCUGUCUGAUGCCCCGUUCAUCUGUCAUGCAGACAGCCCUGCUGAUGGGCCUGGUCCUCACCUAGGAACCCCACCAUGCUGGUCCCAGGCUAAAUUCACCCACCACCCCAGCCCCCUCUCCCAGGCCUGCCCUUCUCCCCAUCUCCUCAGCUUUGGCGAGGAGGACCCACCAGAUCACACAGGGAGGGGAUGACCUCAGGGAGAGCAGAUGGGGCCAGUCUUCCCCGGGGGCGCUGAAGGAGGACGGUACCUCCCAAGGGAGUAUGGACCCAAGGGGCGUCCCCUAGUGGAGAGGAGGUCUCAGCCACGCACCCCUGGAUGUGGAGAAAAGACAGUCCCAGCCAAGUGGGGCUCCCUCCCUGCGCUCCCUCCGGACCCUGCCCUGCUCUCAGCAUCUGUUGCAAAACUUCCUGGGGGGCUGUCCCCCAAAGCGGGUAAUCCGUGCCGAGGAGGAGGGGGGCCUUAGCACGUGUGUGCUGCCUCAGCAUUGUCCAUCUCAAAGUCCCCUGGGGGCGGGGGGGGGGUGAUCCGGCCACACCCUCAGGGGCAGCUCAGCAGCCUGGGAGCUGGCUCAACAUCAGCGCCACCCCCAGGUGCCCAGGGCCUUCCGGGCCCUCACCCCUGCGCUCAAGCAGCCUCACCUCCCACAAGGAGGCAUCUACAGCAAUGAGACAGAUGCAGGGAUGGCGGCCGGAGGGGCUCAAGGGCCGCCUCCCAGCUGGGAAUCAGCAGAAACUCCCUCAGGCUGAGAGCUGGCACUCCUGGAACUUGUCGGAGUGCCCUGGUCAGGGUGCGACGCCCCCUGCUCCCACACGCCCAGCUUCUCUGCCUCCCUCCAGUGAACGUGGGCCGUUGGUAAAAAUGCCUGGAAGCGGAACCAGAACCCCAGCAAGGCCGCAGGCCUGUGCCCUACCCCCGCCCCGCCCCCUGUUCCCCAGGGACCAGCCACAGCUGCGAGUCUGAUGCACAAACUAAACUGAUCCCUGCCCUGGGUCCCUGCCCACCUGGUGCCCCAAAAUACAGAGACCCACAUCCUUGCUGAUUCAGAUAGCCAAGGGCGCGGGAACCCUCUACCAGCCCGUGAGCUCAAACCUGUCUGUGGCAUGUGAUGGCAGUCUCCUAGGUCUGCGCCGGGAUUGCCGAGCAGGGGCCCGUGCAGGGACUAGCUUCUGAGAGAAGCACCUUCACAGUUAGCACACGUAUCAGUGCCAGAAUAAAGCGCCAACCGCCCCUGGUCGCUGGGUUUAACUUGGAUUGAUCUGCAUCGGGCUCUUGAACUAGCUCUCGCUCCCUGGGGCGCAGAAGGGACAUUUAUGAUCUGACGGAAGAACCAGGAGAGGACAGAUGUCCAACAAAGCCUGACAGCUUUCCUGGAGAAAAUACUGAGCUGCAAACUGGGGGAUUAAGUGUUGAUCUAAACCAGGGGACAAGAUCCCCUAGUUUCUGCCCUGGACCAUUUGGAUUUAUAGCAUCAUCCGCAGGCUGCACAGUACAAGCUGAUGGGCCAAAGGAAGCCAGUGAGGAGCAUAUGUGACUAUACCAGGCCCAGACCACAUGAUUUCCUGAUUCUAAUGCUCUGGUCGAACUUUCCCCUUCCCCUGGCUAAGUACCACCGGCAAUGUGCUGUGUUGCUUUGGAUAGUUGCUUGCUUUCUCUGGGCCCCUGUCACAUCUUUUGCAGGAAGUUGUUACUCUGAAUCAUUUUCAGCACAGUUCUUAGGAUGAAAUGAGCAUUCACAGUUCAUGCCGAAUUAUCCAGUACUGGGAGACAUUUAGAAAGGGGUCUGUGUAAGUCAGGGCCCCUGAGUUCCACACACUAAAGUAUACCACUGUCCUCCAGAGAUACUGCCCUGUUCCCUGGGGUCAAGAAAGCAAUGCUUGCUCUCCCUAUCCUCCCCGCCAGCUCACCUGGACCAGCCGUUAGAAGUUGUUUCUAGAAGUUUCCUCUGAAUUCUGACAUUCCCCCAUGUGCCUAGUUUGUGGGGCAUUUAUUUCUCAGACACCGUCCCCCUCUUCUUUUCCUGGAGGCAGGGAGGAAAGGGGUCUCCCUUGGCGGUGAACCCCUUCAGUUCACUGCCUGGAGCCUGAUACCCCAACACCUGGCAUAGGGGAACCCCAGAGUUGUCCUUCCCUAUCAUCUCUCCGAGGUCUCCAGGUCUCCACACACUUCCUGAGCACUGGGAAGGGGAGACAAGAGUUUUACUGCCCCCUGGGACAAACCAUGUGCAUUGCCUUCUCAUUGGUGGAUUUUUUUUUUUCCAGCCAAGCUGGCAGGGACUAGAGAAAUCAAUAGGAAAAUGGUGUCAGCCUCCUCACAGCCACUUGGCCAUGCCAGUAUCACGCCCCCAGUGUCAUGCUUGCGGUGGAUAAUCUGAGCAGAAUCCUAAGGUCAGUGUUGGACAGCAUCUUCCAGCAUGGCCCACGCAGAGGCCCCUGGCCCAGCUCUCACGCUCUCAUGAUCCCCCCGCCCCCUAGUCCGGCCUGACAGUGGGAUUCUCUAUCCACUUGUCCAUCUCCUUGGCUCCGACCCAGCUGUCCUGAGCUUACGGCUGCUUCUCAAGGCUCUGCACCUUCUCUCCUUGUCGUUGAAUAUGGUGGCACCCCAAGUGGCCUGGCCUCAAGUGGCCCGGCCGGUGCUUGUCCCCCUAGAGCCACAAGUGCCUACAGUAUGCUGUCCCACCCCCUCCCUGCUCAGCUGUAGAGGGUCCCACGGCACCUGGGACACCAGUUCUCAUCCAAGUAGCUAGCUAGG